AAAUCAAUAAAUCAAAGUCAGAUUCAUUCAUUCAGUCCUCAAUGUUUAUUUUGUGAGAGCAGCGUAAAAGCAGACUAUUUUUGUGAUAGUAACUGUUUCAUAAGAUGUGCUUUUAAGAUGUCUUGUCUCACAAUACCGCCGUAUAUGUUACAACAGGUAGCUGACAUUACUGAAACAAUAAAUUAUCCCAUCAAAAAUAUACAACGCAUAAAGUAUACCUGCUUUGAUAUAUCAAAAUCGUUAAUAGCAUUUGGAGCAACGAGUGGAGGCAUAUAUGUGUUUAACAGAUGGCCUUGUGAAUUUAUACAACUUAUACCAAGCAAGGAUGGUCCAAUCACUCGUUUGGCCAUAUCUUCAGAUGAGAAACAAAUAGGUUUUGCGAAUGGGAAAGGAUUUGUCACAGUGACAGAAUGUGAACAAUCGUUGAGUGGUAGUUAUUCUACAACGUCAUCAAAGGAACAUCAAGGAAACGAAGUUACAGCCAUGACGUGGAGUAGAAAUAUGCUAUUCACUGGUGACGAUACUGGAAAGGUUUCUAUUCUACAAUUAAAGAGUUUUAUUGCGAAAAGAAUGUUCCAGAGUUCCACCCAGAUUAUUAUGAGCUUAGAUUCACGUAUCUGUCAACUCGAAGCGAAAGAAUGUAUGCUAUUAGUAUCAACUUUAACAAGAUGUUAUAUUUGUAAUACAGUACAAGAACAGUACAGACAGAUAGGGCAUAAACUAAGAGAUGGUGAAUUUGGAGCAUGCUUUGCCAACAUUCAGAAAUCCCUCAGUAAUGGUACAGUAGAAAAUUCAACGCACGAUUUUACAGAAGUUAAAAAAUAUAACAUUGUCGAUGAUGACGCUGGAUUUGUUGUUGGUGAUGAAUUUUCUAAUACUGUUAUUUAUUGUGCCCGGCCAUCAUCAAGGCUAUGGGAAGCUACGAUUGAUGGUAUGGUUAGAAGAACACAUCAGUUUAAACAAGUUUUGGCUAAAAAUCCUAUGACGUUGAUGUCGCAAGAGAUGUAUGAAAACGAGAAUUUCAAAUUCGAAAGUGUAAAUAAUCCUGUUGAUGGACAGUCUAUUAACUUUUCUAGAAUAUACAGCCUCAAUGGUGCUAUAUUCGCUUACAGUAGAAACUCCUUAUAUUUCUUAAAUGUUCAAAGCCUAGAUGACACAGUUUGGUAUGAUGCGUACAACAAUAUUGUUGAUUGUAGGAUAUACAACGAUAUGGUGUAUGUUUGGCUAUCAAACGGCACUCUCGUCAGCUUAAGGUUUAUGAAAUUAGAUAAGUUUUUAGUGAAAUGCUACGCAGAUAGUAAAUUUCGGUUGUGUGCUAAACUGUGUGCCUUUUUUAAAGAAUAUCUUCUAACAAAUGAUUUAUCACCUAAAUUGCAUAUAUUAGGUGGUUUAAGAGAUAAAAUAGUUGAUAAUGAUACUAUGAUGGUAUUAGAAAAUGUUAUAGAGAAAUUCGAUAAAUUAAAAUCGGCUGAUGCUACCCAAUUAAAGUCUGGUAUUUAUGUUGUAGAUAACACAUAUCAAACUCAAACUAUUUUAGACGAAAACAUUCAAUCGAAAAGUGGUGAUGAUAAUUUAUUUGGACAAAUAACGCCAGAAGCUUUACAGACUUUAAAAGGUAUCAGUGAAACGGUAUCGGAUAAAUUAAAUUCAAGUAAAAAAAUAUUGAGAGAGAAAUGGGAAGAUUUCGAAGAGAAAAUGAAGCAUUUAAGCAUCGACAAAAGUGAAAUAAUACAGGAUAGCCCUUUAGAAGAAAACGAAAAGUACCCAAAAUGGAUUCCACGCGAUGAUUUUAAAAUCGACGAUGCUCCUUUAGUUAUAGAGGACGAUAUAAUUUUCAGAGAAUCUAGUCAAAGCGUUAUAGAAAUUGACAAUAAUAAUUUGGAAAGGGAUAAAAUAUGCAAAAUGUUGUACCAAUAUUCUAGACUGAGCCUAGUUAACAAAGAAACUGAAACAAAUUUAAACUCUAUAAUCGACGACUACGCUAAAAACAUUAACGAAAUAUACGACCUAAUGUUGUUAUUAGAAAAAUACUGUAUAUCUAUAGAGGCUUUAGAUGAAUCGAAAUUCGUACCAAAUAACAUAUUUCUAACUUACCUUAACAAUUCGGAAAAUAAAUACGAUUUAAUAAAUUUAAUAAUAGACGAUGAAGUAUUAUAUAAAUACUUUGUAGAUUCUUGUAUCGCUGUCAAUAUUAAAACUCAGAAACAUUCGAAUAUAGGUUGUGAAUGUGGUUUUCCGCUUCCGUAUAUAAGAACAAGUCAGAUGCCAGUAUUCUCUGAAUUAAUAGAUGAAUUUAUAGAACAGCAAUGGUCGAGUCAGACGAAGGAUCAAUGUUAUGAAGUUUGCAAACGAAUGCCUUAUUUGUGGAGAAAAAUAUUGUACUUACGUAGAAAUGAAGACUUGAUCAACGUUUUGAGAAUACUUUUACAAAUGCUAGAUGAGAGUCUCCUGCAUUCUUUUCUACCUCAAUUCACAUUUGAAACAUGGGAGAGAGCCAUACAGUUAUAUGCAACAUUAUAUGCUAACAUGUGUUUAAAUUGUAACAAAAGGUUUGAGCACAUAUCUGUUAAAGAUAUGCUAAGUUGGGAUAAUUUAGGUUCGAUGGUGAUAAAGUCGGUUGGAGGUAGAAAUGCUAUAAAAUUAAUGAAAAGGCACGCGAACUUGAUCGAAACGGGUGCUUUGACAAUGAAGUUUUAUCACUCCUGCUUGCUUGUCGUUCUGUAUGAGAAAUGUGAUGGAACCAUAACGAACCCAUUGGUUGACACAAUUUACAGUUCCUAUGAUUUCAAAGAUACCCGGGAUGAGAUAAAUAAAAUACUCCUUAGCGCAUCAGACGGAACAAUAAAAAAUACAGCUUUGCCCAUAAAUGUCGCAGCUUUAUCACCGAAUUGGGGCUUAAAUGAAAUAUACGAAACACUUUCUCCAAAUGAAUGUGAACUGACAGAAAAUACAAUUUUAAACCAAAUCUUAAUGUCUUUGACAAUGGCGGACAUAACAGACUGCUCACUUUGUGGGUUACCAUUACGUAAUGAAGUUUUAAUCGAAGAUGGCGGUUUAUGGGUUUUUAAGUGUGGCCACAUUUUCCAUGGUGCUUGUUUAAAUUUAAAUAAAAUUAAACUGUGCCCUUCGUGUUCGGUUAAAUGAUUUCUUAAUUAUCCAUCAUCAUCUGUGAGUAUUUAUUUUAUCAGUGUAUACAAUUUUGGAUUGUUUGGUAAAAUAUUUACUGAUUUAUAUGAAAUGGUAUUAAUGUAAUUAUUGCGAAUUAUUAAUCUAGUCUAAAUUUUUAAAAAAGUUACAAUUAUAUAUAAUAACAAUAUAUGCUAUCUCAUUUAUUGGGUUUUUUGAAAUAAAAAUCAAUAGGACUAUUAUAUUCAACAGAAAUUAA